CUUCCUGUUCCAGAAGACAACACUGCAUAUUUGUUCUGACUGGUUUUGUUGUAAUGAAAAUAAGACAUGUUAAUGUCCAUUACUAUUAAAGUAAUUGGAUACAUAUUAGUGCAUCGCAGAGGACGUUGAAUACGGCAACAUUCUAUCUAUUUCCUCCUGUGUUUGAUAUUUAGAUCAAGCUCUGUGCAGUUAAAUUUCGCUACGAUGUCGGCAAAAGUAAGGACGGGGGACAGCAAAGACAGCGUAGACAUCAUACGAAAUUACCAUAAACAGGCAUUUGAAUACAUCUCCGUGGCACUUAGGAUUGAUGAAGAUGAGAAAGGUGUUAAGGAUGAGGCCGUCCAGUGGUAUCAAAAAGGCAUUGCAGAGCUGCAAAAGGGAAUUGCUAUUGAAGUGACGGGACAAGGAGAGCAAUAUGAUCGGGCAAAGAGGCUUCAGACUAAGAUGAUCACCAAUCUCACUAUGGCAAAGGACCGACUCGCUCUUUUAGAAGGUGCGUCAGCAUCUAAAAGGAGAACUAGCCCUCCGCGUCUCCCCACUCCUCCUACUAGGCCGUCUGGUUUAAAGGGCCAGCCUGGACCAGGUCUCUCGGCCAAUCGCUGCAAACCCUCCAGCACCAUAAAACCAGGCUCCAGCAGGACCAACAAUGUGAAGGUGGUGCCCCGGGUUGCAGGAAGAGGACAGAAUAGCAGACCAGCGUCUUCAUCAGCACUGCGAAGAGACAUGAAGAACUUCAAAAAUGUGGACAGCAAGCUGGCUAACCUUAUAUUGAAUGAGAUCAUUGACAGUGGGUCUUCAGUGAGCUUUGACGACAUUGCAGGUCAGGAGCUGGCUAAACAAGCUCUCCAGGAAAUCGUCAUCCUGCCUGCACUCAGACCAGAAUUGUUCACCGGUCUCAGAUCCCCUGCACGAGGUCUGCUCCUAUUCGGUCCUCCUGGCAACGGCAAGACCAUGCUGGCCAAAGCAGUUGCUAUGGAAUCCAACGCCACCUUCUUUAACAUCAGUGCUGCCAGUCUGACCUCUAAAUGGGUGGGGGAGGGAGAGAAGCUGGUUAGAGCUCUGUUUGCUGUUGCUAGAGAACUACAGCCUUCCAUCAUCUUCAUUGAUGAGAUUGACAGCCUGCUCUGUGAGAGAAGGGAAGGGGAACACGACGCCAGCCGCCGGCUAAAAACGGAGUUUCUGAUUGAGUUUGAUGGGGUGCAGUCAGAUGGAGCUGAAAGGGUCCUGGUGAUGGGAGCUACUAACAGACCUCAGGAACUGGACGAAGCUGUCCUUCGACGAUUUGCCAAAAGGGUUUACGUUGCCUUGCCAACAGAGGAGACGCGAUUGAAGUUGCUGGGUAAUCUUUUGGGAAAACAUGGAAACCCACUCAACCACAAAGAAUUGGCCCAUCUUGCAAAACGUACAGGGGGCUACUCUGGAAGUGAUCUUACCUCAUUGGCUAAGGAUGCCGCUCUUGGACCAAUCAGGGAACUGGGACCAGAGCAAGUAAGGAAUAUGGCUGCCAGUGAUAUGCGUAACAUUCGCUACAAAGACUUUGAGGACUCUCUGAAACGGAUCAAGCCAAGUGUUAGUCCCACCACCCUGGAUCUGUAUGUACGAUGGAACACUGAAUACGGAGACACCACCGCCUUCUAGAACCACGGAACUACAGAAGUUAAUCUCUAUGUACGAUAGAACACUGAAUGGGAAGAUACCACUGCCUUCUAGAACCAUGGGACUACAGGGGUUAAUCUGUAUGUACGAUAGAACACUGAAUGGGAAGACAUCACCACCUUCUACAACCACGGAACUACAAGGAUGUUUUCCUACUGUGCAAAUUGUAUCAAAACAUUUCUCAGUUUCUAACAUUUGCUUUCAUAGUACUGCUGAAAACAGAAAUAGAAUGUUCUGUUCUCUCCCUGCUUUAUUUCAUGGAUUCGACCUUUGCCCAUGUAAGAUGAUAGAUUUCAGAGUUUCUAUUAUACUGUAUAUACUGUGAAAAGACUAGCGAGUGGGAUAGAAAUGGUAGCCAGACGUAAUGCAUUUGAUCCUUUUGAACAAGAUGUUAGAUUGAAUUAUGCAGUACGUGCACUUAAGUAAAAUAAUGUAACUGGAGUAUGAUGACCAUUGUAUGAUAAUAAUUUUAGGAUGAAUGUCAGCUAGUUAAGUUCAGCACUGUGCUUCUGCAAGUUGGACAUCCUGAAUGAAUCCUACUGCUUUUAGUGCUGUGAUCAUUAAACUAGCAAUAAUAAUAAUAAAUAAAGAACUGCAGC